GAGGAGUGGAAAUAAGGCGGAGCAAAGCAGGGAUAUUGGAUUUGACUCUCGAGGAAUGCUGCAGUUCAGCUGGGAGUUGUGUACUCUGUGGUGGGUAAUGAAACGCUGUGUGUGAUGUGUGUGUGACAUCUCAACCUUUUUUCUUCACCCCCUCGCACCCUGGUCUUGAUGAAAGAAGACUGGUGGGAAGUUUUCCUAACACACCCCAGAGGAGUUCCACUGCAAAAUUUCCAGCGUGAUCCUGUGUGUGAGGGAGAGAGAUAAAAAUGCCCUCCUCAAAUUGCUAAAUUAUUAUUAGUAUAUAUCCGGCGUGGUGCAACAUCAUGGGCAUAAAGUAGUCAGUUGGGGUUUGAUAGUCACUCGGGACGAACGCCCGCCUCUCCGUACAAAACUUGUACUACGUUCAAAUUAUUUCAAUAUAUAUAUAUUCAUUUCCUCACUAUGUACAUUCCUAUGAGUGAUACAAAUCCGGGGAGAGUAUUGAAAUAUCACCAAUAGACCUAGUCAAAGAACUUGAUCGCUGUGCAACUGGGAAAAAGGUCCUUCUGGUAUAAUUUGAACUAUUCUCCACGGACCUAUGGUGUAUUAAUGUAGGACGGAGAUUUUGAGGCUAUCUAAAGAAUUUGGGCCAUGCCACAUAGUGCAUGAGUGCGUGAAGUGAUACCGGAAAGUGUGAGUGUCCGACCGAAAAUCAGCAACUAGGCUACACUUUUUCCGCUACGUGUUCAGUACGCGCGAAACUGCGAUCGGACAAUCAACUGCCGAGCUUCAGCUCGGCCUCGCCCUGGUCCACGCUGGAGCUCGAAUGGGGUCGCAAAUUGUACCCCACGAGCGGCUCCCGCGGCACUGGAGGCCUUAUGUUUGGCUUCUCACCCGGGAGUACCGAGCUCAAUCAGCCCCGUGGACCAUCGCUCAAAGAGGAGCCCCUCAGUGUGAGAGCAUGGAUGCAAUCCACAGAACAGAGCAACUUGUGCAUCGGAAGGGCGCACUUUGAAAAGCAGCCACCAAGCAACUUGAGAAAAUCAAAUUUCUUCCACUUUGUUAUCGCCCUUUAUGAUCAAGUUGGGCAGCCAAUUGAAAUCGAAAGGACUGCUUUUAUUGGAUUUAUUGAAAAAGAUCAGGAGGUAGACAGCACUAAAACUAACAAUGGCAUUCACUAUAGACUGCAACUACUUUAUGCUGCUGGUGGCAGACAGGAGCAGGACAUUUAUGUACGUCUAAUAGAUUCUGUGACAAAACAAGCCAUCAUCUACGAGGGUCAGGAUAAAAAUCCAGAAAUGUGCAGAGUCCUCCUCACACACGAAGUCAUGUGCAGUCGGUGCUGCGACAAGAAGAGCUGUGGAAAUCGCAACGAGACCCCAUCUGAUCCAGUCAUAAUUGAUCGGUUCUUCUUGAAAUUUUUUCUCAAGUGCAAUCAAAAUUGCUUGAAAAAUGCGGGAAAUCCACGUGAUAUGCGUCGUUUUCAGCAGGUUGUAAUCGCCACUCAAGUGUCGGUGGAUGGUCCACUCUUGGCCAUUUCUGACAAUAUGUUCGUGCACAACAACUCCAAACACGGACGUCGUGCUAAGCGGCUGGACGUGUCAGAUGGUAUUUAUCCGCCCCUUCCCAUUGCCACACCCUGUAUCAAGGCCGUGUGCCCAAGUGAGGGAUGGACAAGUGGAGGAGCACAAGUCAUCAUAAUUGGUGAUAACUUCUUUGACGGACUUCAGGUUGUGUUUGGAACAAUGGUCAUUUGGAGCGAGCUAAUCACUUCCCACGCUAUUCGGGUUCAAACGCCCCCGAGGCACAUUCCGGGCGUCGUGGAAGUCACGCUGUCUUACAAGAGCAAGCAGUUCUGCAAGGGAUCACCCGGACGAUUCGUCUACAUCUCUCUCUGUGAGCCAACAAUUGAGAAUGGUUUUCAACGACUGCAGAAAUUAAUACCACGACAUCCGGGAGAUCCAGAAAAACUUCCCAAGGAAAUCAUAUUGAAACGCGCUGCAGAUCUUGCUGAGGCUCUGUAUUCUAUGCCACGAUCAUCUAAUAAUAGUUCAAGCAGUUUUCACUCGUACACCGGCCAACUGGCAGUCGCCGUCCAAGACGGAAAUUCCCAGUGGACUGAAGAUGAAUACCAAAGAGGUCAGAGUGUGAGUCCACGGACAGGCUUCUGUAGUAACUCAUCUACACCCCAUUCCACGGGUGGCGGUGGCGGAAGCUCAUAUAGCGGAACCGGAAACGGAUACGUUCACGCCAGUAAUAUGAGCAAUUUGCCCUCUUCAUCACCACCGAGUGUUUUUGGCGCAACGUCCAACGUUUGAGCGCAUUACCUCUAUUCUCUGAAGAAGGCGCAUGGGAGUUAAACAAAAAAAAACAGCAGUAAAAGACCCACACUGGAUAAAAUCAUUGACAAAACUAUUGUGUAAUAUUGUAAUAAUUGUUAUAGAAAAUAUGAAUUGAAAAAAAUGAUGAUAAUUGAUAAUCCUAUUUUAGUUUCUGUUAGAAAAUCUCUUUUUAACCGUCAAAACUUAUUAUCCUAAAUGUAAAAUGUAAUUAAUUGUCAUUCGCAGCAUUUUUAAAGAGCACACAGUCCUUUGAUUUGUCGCCCAAAAAAAAAAGAAACAAAAAAUGGAAAUCAUGAUGAUAACGACCGAUAAAAAAUUAUUCAAAUUAUUACUAUAUUGUUAUAUUGGAUUUAUAAAUAACUAUUGAAUGAUAGACUAUGUAAAAGUCACUAAUAAAAAAAACAUAUCGACAUAAACGUAUACGCAAAAGGCGAAAUCCAAAUUAAUUGAAAAUGGAAACAUGCAAAUAAAUUCAAUUAAAAAUGAAAGUAACUUCAAAAUAUUACUAAAAUUCUUACACAAAAAAAUACGGAGACAUCUCUUAAAAGGGAUAUACCGUUAAUCUUCACAUAAAAGGUAAAAAGCAAGUGUUUAAAAAAAUCAAAUGAGAAUCUUUUAAUAAAUAAAAAAAACUUAUCAUUCAGAUA